UUCUGCAGAAUGCACCUGCCUCGAUGUUAGUGGGCACUAGAAAAUCUGAACAACUUCCAGUUCUAUGUAAAUUGUACUGAUUACUAUAUAGAUCUAAAUUUUAGAUUUAACUACAUCUCACCCCACCAACAACCUUGAAAGUUAUCUGAAGGAGAGCAUUCUUCUGUAAAAUUGUGUCCAUAUACUAAGAACCAGGAUGGUGCUAGAAGAUUUACAGAGGUCCUGUCAUUGAGAAUAAGUAAGAUUAGAGUGCACUUGAGAAAGGACUUUGCUAGGAAACUGUUCUUUUGGGGGUGGCACCAGGUUGUUGUAAUAUCCUUCCAAUAGACCUACUUCUUGCCUCUUCAACCCUCCAAGACAGCAUUUAAUUGGUUCCAUAUAUUGGCAGAACAGUUUCAUAAGGCUAAUUACCAAGAAAACGAACCAUUGCACUGCAUAAGGAAGAGGAAGAGCUCCUGCUACGUACUGAGUUAGCAUCAUGUCUGUUCGGGAGUCCUUUAAUCCAGAAAGUUACGAACUUGACAAGAGCUUUCGACUAACUCGAUUCACAGAACUUAAAGGCACCGGCUGUAAAGUGCCUCAGGACAUUUUGCAGAAAUUGCUUGAAUCUCUUCAAGAAAAUCACUUCCAAGAAGAUGAACAAUUUUUGGGAGCUGUUAUGCCAAGGUUGGGAAUUGGAAUGGAUACUUGUGUUAUCCCUUUAAGACAUGGAGGACUGUCUUUGGUUCAGACAACAGAUUAUAUCUAUCCCAUUGUGGAUGAUCCAUAUAUGAUGGGACGUAUAGCCUGUGCCAAUGUUCUUAGUGAUCUUUAUGCCAUGGGGGUCACUGAGUGUGACAACAUGUUGAUGCUUCUCGGGAUCAGUAAUAAAAUGACAGACAGAGAAAGAGACAAAGUAAUGCCUUUAAUCAUCCAGGGAUUCAAAGAUGCUGCAGAAGAAGCAGGAACAUCAGUGACUGGCGGUCAAACAGUGUUAAAUCCAUGGAUUGUUUUAGGAGGAGUAGCCACAACAGUGUGUCAGCCUAAUGAAUUUAUAAUGCCAGACAAUGCAGUACCAGGAGAUGUACUUGUGUUAACUAAACCCUUGGGGACACAAGUUGCAGUAGCUGUCCACCAGUGGCUAGAUAUUCCAGAAAAAUGGAAUAAAAUCAAACUGGUUGUUACGCAAGAAGAUGUAGAGUUAGCGUAUCAAGAAGCAAUGAUGAAUAUGGCAAGACUCAACAGAACAGCCGCAGGGCUGAUGCACACGUUCAACGCUCACGCAGCCACAGACAUCACAGGUUUUGGAAUCCUGGGGCAUGCACAAAAUCUAGCCAAGCAACAACGCAAUGAGGUGUCUUUCGUUAUACAUAACCUCCCCGUUCUUGCCAAAAUGGCUGCAGUUAGCAAGGCAUGUGGAAAUAUGUUUGGUCUUAUGCAUGGAACUUGUCCCGAGACUUCAGGAGGCCUACUUAUCUGUUUGCCACGUGAACAGGCAGCACGUUUCUGUGCCGAAAUCAAAUCUCCAAAAUAUGGUGAAGGUCACCAAGCAUGGAUUAUUGGGAUUGUAGAAAAGGGCAACCGCACGGCCAGAAUUAUAGACAAACCUCGAAUCAUUGAGGUUGCACCACAAGUGGCCACUCAGAACGUGAAUCCAACGCCUGGGUCAACUUCUUAAUCUAGAUGAAAUAAUUAUUUUUGUUUUUUUUUUUAAAUAGAUCUAUUCCUUUAUCAUUUUACAGCCUAAAGAACUGUAUAAAGAAAAAAAAA